AUGGUCGAGCAGGCUAGCGAGCUUGUGGAGGCCUUCAAGAAAGAGAAUUGGGAUUGCUACCGCCUACACACUGCGCUAGUUGACCAACUUCUACCCUUCCUCGCCGACACAUUCGAACUCGGCAUCAAUUCAAACCUUUUACCCGAUCGGGCCGAGAACGAGACCAUUGAGCAAGAACGUUUACGUUGCUUUGUUCUGGAACGUUUACUCGAUGAAUUGGCUCGGGAUAUAGAAGAGGAUGUGUAUGACGCAGAUAUUAUAUCUGCGGUGGACUAUCCAUUCGUUAUUAGGGUAUUCUAUUGGUAUCUCAACAAGAUUCCGCGCUCGCUGUCAUAUCAUGAUAAACAUAGCAGCGCCACUUCACGGGUUCAGGCGAGUGUCAAGAGGCGUCAUCAACAUGAUGAGUACUUGAAGACGCUGUUGGCGAGCCAACGCGAAGUGAUACAGAGACGAAUUUCUCAUGGCAACCAUAAAAAGGCAACUAACCAGCAAACAAGGCACCGUCUUCGAGAGGGAAUUGAGUAUGCCUAA